AUGCGUAUCAGCCUCGCUUGGAGCUUUGCUGGCCUUGUGGCUCUACCAUCCACGUGUGCUCAGCUUGAUUCCAACACCACUACAACAACCAGUCAGACCUCAUCUGCCACUAGUUUUGGAUGUCCAAACAUCUCACCCGGACCAGUGAGCACAUACGAACUGGCUGAACAGCUCCCUGCUUCAUCAGUCGUGGAUCCCUACAGCAUUGAGGCAAUCCGUCAGACUCUUGCACUCUACGCCCUCGCUCUUGAUGGACGCAACUUCGAAGCACUAAGAAAAGUAUUCACCACGGAUGUGCGCGCAAACUAUUCCGACCCCAUCGGUGUUCUCGAUGGCGUGCAGGCAAUUAUCGACACUCUGCCGCCAGGUGUCACUUCAUUCGCCUCGACUCAGCAUCACUAUGGAUCCCAGUACAUCCACAUAUGCGGGCGCAAUACCGCCGUGUCCGUGACGUACUUUCAGGCGACGCACUUCUUUACGCCCUACGCCGGAGUGACGAACCCGGUCAACAACAGCCAAGUCCUCAUUGACAAGGCCCAGUAUCAGGAUCUAUGGGCAAGACAAGGGGAUGGAACAUGGAAAAUCACCAAUCGGAACUUGGUCCGUAUGGGUCCACCCACUCUCGACGGCACCUUUCCGACGCAGUGA